AGACAUCAAUGGCCAACCAAACACAAUCACUGCUAUCACAAACACCACUUCAUCACAACAUUUCGGCCCAACAAUGUCUGGCCAGUCGUAUAUUAAGCCGAAAUGCCAAUGGAACAAUUGCCAUGACUUCACAACCAGCAAAUGAAUCUGAACUACAACUCUAUCGAGUACUACAAAGGGCUAACUUAUUGUCAUAUUAUGACACCUUUAUAUGUCAAGUAAUGGGUUUAUUAUCGAUAGGUGGGGAUGACGUUCAGCAAUUGUGUGAGGCGGGAGAGGAUGAGUUUCUUGAGAUCAUGGCUUUAGUAGGAAUGGCCAGUAAACCACUUCAUGUACGACGACUACAAAAAGCACUUCAGGAAUGGGUCUCAAAUCCUGCUAUGUUUCAAUCACCAAUUGUCCCACAAUUUCCAUCACCCGGAGCACCAAAUUUGGGUCCACAAUCGAGUCAUGCACUUCUCAGUCAGUUAUGUGUCAGUAUGGCUAUGGCAGUGAAUAGGCCGAGUCCUAUGACAAUGUCAACAUUGUCCACAUCACAGACCUCUCCAAUUGCAUUGAGAGCGAGUCCAUCAAAUACAGCGACAGUCACUCAAAGCUGUAACAGCAAUCACUCGACGCCCUCACCUAACAGUCCUAAGGAACAGAUAAUCUCUUCGUCAACACUUCACUCUCAUAACUCUCACAAUCAAUUGACUCAAUACAUGAAUCAAGUGUCAUCAGCAAUGAUGUGCAAUGAAUAUAGUCAGCCGAGUAGUCCAAUACCAUUGACACCAGUGCUCGUCGAAAGUCAAAUACAGCGCUUGUCUGAAGUGACAGAAGUGUUGGUUAAAAAUUUACCGCCGAUGGACCCAAAACCUCAAUUGGGUAACAAUAAAAAAAGAAUAAAUAAAGAAUUGGAGUACGUAAUGAAUAUGCCUGAGGAAGACCCGAGACGUAUGGAUGAAAUACGAAAGUAUGCAGCGAUUUAUGGCCGCUUUGACUGCAAGAGAAAGCCUGAAAAACCACUUACUUUACAUGAGGUAUCGGUGAAUGAAGCGGCGGCACAGAUAUGCAAACACAUUCCCGCACUGUUGUCUCGUAGGGAUGAACUGUUCCCUUUGGCCCGACAAGUGGUUCGAGACAGUGGUUAUCAAUAUUCGAAAGGUCACUCCAGAUCUCAAAGCUGUACGAAAGCAUUUGAUGACUCGGAUGCCAGUCCUUGCAAAAGAAGUCGUACAGAGUCUAGUCCUAACUCAGUACUCGAUCUUAAGAUUACUUUCAAUGAUGAGGACAGGAAAAGGAAACAGGAGAGUUUAGAAGCAAUAGUUGAACAGUUGAAGACAUUAAACUCACAACAAGAAGAUCUGAAAAUGCAAUUACAAGAAGCGAGUGAUAUUGAGAACUACCAGAGAGUCAGUCAAUUGCAGAAUCAGUUGGAAGUGAUAUCCACUCAACAGAGCCAACUAAUCAAUGAACAAAGUGAACUCAAUAACCAUAUUAAACGAUAUGAUAGAAUGCUUAUGAAUGGCAAUGGAUUAUUCAAUCGUAUGGAUAGCGAUAAGUUAGAUACCGAUGACACGGACUCUCAGUUUUCGUUGUAUUCCAACGAUUCUUCAUCACAACAGUCAUCGCAUCAAAACUCGCCAAACGUUGAGUCAAACGCGUCUCACAACAGCUCUUCAGAUGACUUCUCAAAACUGCUUCCAAUUUUUUUAAUACUUUUAGCAAAGAAGACGGGAAACUCUGUGGCAGCCAAUCACAUCACCAAACAAUUAGUCAGCGAAACACUUGUUGAUGAAGGCAUCCGAGUUGUCGAUCAAUGGAACCAACAGAGUAUUGAAUUUGCCAUAAAUCAUCAAUUUCGUAAUGGCAAUGGCAAUGGCAAUGGCAAUGGCAAUGGUCAUCAUUUUGCUACCACUCCACCAAAAAUCGACAUCAAUAUCAGUAAUGGCAGUCAUGACUAACCACUGAUCAACUCAUUUCUAAUUUAUCAAACAUGUGGCCAAUCACUUGUUAAC